AUGGAUGUUUCAAAAAUCUGUUGGGACAGUAUAGGUGAUGUUGAUGAUUUAGAUGAUGAAGCCAAACUUUUCAAUUCUUUUGGCCAAGUUGUUGAAAGCAAUGCCCCCACAAAGGAAAUGAAUUUCAAACACAAGGGCAACCCCUGCAUCACACUGGCACUCAUGGAAGAAAUGAAAUUACGUGACCAGUUAUUAACGCGAGCUAGGGUUACAAAUCUUAAAUAAAUUUCGUCCACAGGAAAGUUGAAGAAUGUAAAAGUAAACCUAAUCAAUUAUGGAAACUCAUCCGUGGUAUUGCCCAAAUGCUCCCACAUCCCGAGCGGCUGACGCCCACGCUACAAUAUAUACACCAAAGAUUUUGUGACUGUUGCCAACGAUUUGAAUGAAUACUUCACCUCGGUGGGUCAAAGAACGGUACAAACCGUAAAAGAGUUAUCUUCGGGCUUUAACGCUGUUAUGAUGCCAGCUGUUUCUCCUCCAAAUAUAUCGAUAAGGUGCCGAUGGACUCCUGGUGCCGAUAAGAUCCCAGUUAAAAUCCUGAAAGAUUGUCUGGCUAUAAUAUUUCAAUGCCGCUAACAAAUAUCAUAAAUCAAUCCUUUAAAAACAUGUACAUUCCCAGAAAACUGGAAGUUAGCCGAAGUUAUUCCAAACGUUAAGGAGGGUGAUCAUUAAUUAGCCGGAAAUAACCGCCCAAUAUCGUUUAUACAGUAUGCUGGUAAAAUUUGUGAGAGAAUAGCUCUAGAACUGUUUACAGAUUAUUUGAAGGAAAAGGAUCUCCUUACAGGACACCAGAGUGGAAACAAAUCAAAUCAUUCCACAGAAACCCUGAACAUACUUGUCAGCGAUUUCGUUCUUAAUACGAUGGAUC